AUGCGCAUUCAUCCUCCAUCCUACCUCACCCUCACGUUCCUUUCAUUUCUUUCCUUCCUCUGCGCUCCGGUAUGUUCAUUGUCAUUGAAUUGGACCGCAACCCCCUUCACCCCAGACGCCGUCCCGCUCGCCGUGCGCUCACCAUACCUCAGCGCGUGGCUCGCCCAAGGCGUAGGAGCCGCGCUGAACGACGGCUGGUCGACCUUCUGGACUGGCUCGAUUGUGGGAUGGGCGGGGUACGUCCGCGUCGAUGGCACGCCGUAUACAUUCAUGGGUAUACCCGGGGGUACGACACCCGUGCCGGCUAAAGCGGUACAGAAGAGCCUGAACUGGACCGCGACGCAGACCCCGUUACCCCUACCAACCUCGUCAACCUUCCUACCUCGCGCUCACCGUCACCCGAACGACGGGAAGGAGCACGCCGUGCAAGUGUACACCGACAUCACGGGCGAGUGGCUCACGAGCAACGACAGCCUCGUCGCGAACUGGAGUACGAAUACAGGGGACAGUGGGGGCGUGUGGACGCACCAAAUACAGCUCUCCCAGCAGGAGGUGUACGCGGAGGUGAGCGACCGCGCGCAAUACACCCUCGUCCGCUCGUACUUCCUCGCCAACGGCACACUCCCCGGCGCACAAGACACGGCCUUCCGCGCGGUCUCGGACCGCUGGCCUGUACUCGCGUUCGAGCGCGACCUCGGCGUGGUGAGCGGGGCGGGCGCGGGGACGGUGGAGUUUGCUGUCGGGCAUGUCAGGGAUCCGGUGGUGGAGUAUGUAGCGGGAGCGGGGACGCAGAAUCGGAGCGUGCAUUUCUGGAGGCAGUACGAGAACGACGCGAUUUCAGAUUUUCUGACCGACCACCCAAACGCACUGACCGCUGCGCAAAAAUUCGACUCGCGGUUGCAAGCCGACGCGACCAAGGUGUCUAGCAACUAUGCCGAUAUGGCAGCGCUUUCGGUGCGCCAGGCGCUGGCGACGGCCGAGCUCACCAUCUCCAAAGGGAGCGAUGGCGCUUGGAACACGAGCGAUACUAUGAUGUUCCUCAAGGAGAUAUCGAGUUCCGGUCUCGCGAGCACCACCGACGUCAUCUUCGCCUCCUGGCCGCUCUGGUUGUACGCCAACCCGGCGCUGGGGAAGUAUCUCCUGUUGCCCGUGCUCGCCUACCAGCCGAGCGGGAUGUACCCGAAUCAGUGGAGCGUGCAUGAUUUGGGGGCGUAUCCGCAGGCGUUGGGGCAUAACAACGGGAAGGACCUGGCGAUGCCCGUGGAAGAGAAGAAAGCUCACAAGGACGUCACCUGUAGAAUGCCGCAACAUGCUCAUCAUGACUCGCCCUUGCCACCAAUGACCACUCCCUCGUUAGCACCUACGUCCGUCCCUUCUGUCCCCUUCUCCUCCUGUCCCCUACUGACUGACGAUGACACACAGUACUCCCUCCUGGACCAGUGGACGCAGUACCUCAUCGCCAACUCCCUCAUGCCGGCCAACCAGUUCAGCACGGACGUCUUCGCCGGCACGCUGGCGAACCAGACCAACCUCGCCAUCAAGGGCAUCGUAGGCAUCAAGGCGAUGAGUAUGAUUGCGAAUAUGACCGGGGAUGCCCCGCGGGCGGCGGAUUACAGCUCCGUUGCGAGUGGGUAUGCGGAGCGGUUUGGUCAGCUCGCGUACGGUGAUGGCGGCAGCUGGGGCCUCGCAUACAACAUUGGUUGUAUCAAAUGUCCCGCAUUUGUUGUAUCAAAUGCGUCCGUGUUUCUAAUGAGCUUGUCGGACCGGUACUUAUGUGCGUCCCAUCCAGAGGACUGUUGGUACGGCACCGUGGCCGGCACGUAUGGCGUCCCCCUGGACACAAGGCGCGACUGGUACGACGUGGAGUUGGGCGUGGCGCAGGCGUUCCGCGCGCGCGCGCCGGUCGGGGCGCACCUUGCGCUCCUGGUUGUCAGUUCCACCGCGAUGAAUACAAGCAGCGCGGGGUGUGCUAUUCCUAGUACCAGUUCUGUUCCAGCGUUCUCAGGAACGCAGGGGCCGAGUGCGACUGCCAGUGGUGGCGCCAUACCAAGCCAUACGAGCGCAGCGGCGCGCGUAGUUGCUCGCCAGAUCCUCCUGGUAUCAUUAAUCAUCCCGGUAUUGGCGCUAUGGUCUUGUGUGUGGGUGUAG